ACAAACGCCCAUAAAUUACUCAAAAUCACAAAUGCACCCCAAACCACCCACCACCUAGUUCUUAACGCCCCGCCGCCGUGUAGACUCCCAACAACCACCACCAAAUGCCGUUUUCAACAACCGACUCUCACACCAAAGUACCCUUCGUCUCCAUUCCCCUCGGCGAACUUCCCUACAGAAGCUGCUGAUUUUUAUCUUCAUAUAUUCCGAUUUUGUAAUCGAACCCUUUCUGUCUCCGCCACCUUCUCCAUUUGCUCUCUCUCUCAUACACACUCAAAGAAAAAGAAUAAACGUCCAUCAAUGUCGUUGACUCCGGCUCAGCUAUUAAAACCAUUUUUUUCCACCAGACCCACCUCCCGAAAUCUCCUCGUCUCAGCCCCCUCAGCCCAGAAGAUUAAGUCCGCGCCUUUCACCGUCCGAAGCUCCGUGGCGGCGUCGCCUUCCUCCGCCGUCGCCGCCAAGGCCUCGGCCAGGGUCAAGCAGCUUAAGGCGCGACAGAUUGUGGACAGCAGGGGCAACCCGACGGUGGAGGUCGAUCUGAUCACGGAGGACGGUGGCCUCCAUCGGUCGGCCGUUCCAAGUGGGGCCUCCACCGGGAUCUACGAGGCGCUCGAGCUCAGGGACGGCGACAAGAGCGUGUAUGGGGGCAAAGGGGUCCUCAACGCGGUUAAGAAUAUUAAUGAUUUGUUGGGUCCCAAGCUCGUUGGCAUCGAUGUCAGAAAUCAAAAUGAUGUCGAUGCUGUUAUGCUGGAGAUUGACGGGACUCCGAAUAAAUCAAAACUUGGGGCUAAUGCUAUUUUAGGAGUUUCUCUUAGCGUGUGCCGAGCUGGUGCAGGAGCGAAAGGAGUGCCACUUUACCAGCACAUACAGGAAAUAUCAAACACGAAAGAGCUUGUUAUGCCAGUCCCAGCAUUCAAUGUGAUUAAUGGAGGCAGUCAUGCUGGGAACAACUUGGCCAUGCAAGAGUUCAUGAUAUUGCCUGUAGGAGCUUCCUCGUUCUUCGAGGCACUCCAGAUGGGCAGUGAAAUAUAUCAUACUCUGAAGGGAAUUAUUAAAUCAAAAUAUGGCCAAGACGCGUGCAAUGUUGGAGAUGAAGGUGGAUUUGCUCCCAAUGUGCAGGAUAAUAGGGAAGGAUUGGUGCUGCUCAUGGAUGCAAUUGAAAAGGCAGGGUACACAGGCAAGAUCAAAAUAGGGAUGGACGUUGCUGCUUCUGAGUUCUUAACAAAAGAGGGGAAAUAUGACCUCAAUUUCAAGAAUCAACCAAAUGAUGGUGCUCACGUGCUGACAGCUCAAAGCCUUGGUGAUUUAUAUAAAGAAUUUGUGAGAGAUUUCCCCAUUGUAUCAAUUGAGGAUCCUUUUGACCAAGAUGACUGGGGUUCAUGGUCAUCACUGCAGUCCUCUGUUGGUAUCCAGCUCGUGGGUGAUGACCUGUUAGUCACUAAUCCGAAAAGAAUAGCAGAAGCUAUUCAGAAGAAAGCAUGCAAUGCUUUGCUGCUGAAGGUUAACCAAAUUGGUACAGUGAGUGAAUCGAUUCAAGCAGCACUCGACUCAAAAGCCGCUGGAUGGGGUGUGAUGGUUAGUCACCGUAGUGGUGAGACAGAAGACAACUUCAUUGCAGAUCUCUCCGUCGGCUUAGCCAGUGGACAGAUCAAGACAGGAGCUCCUUGCAGAAGUGAGCGGUUGGCCAAGUACAAUCAGCUUCUGCGCAUUGAAGAGGAACUGGGAAACGUCCGUUAUGCUGGUGAAGCUUUCAGAUCUCCUUAGGGAGGGGAAGAAAGUGAACUGUAAUUCAUUUUGGUUGGAGAGAAAAUCAGCCGAUGUCAGACAUUGAUAUUUUCUUGUAGGUGUGAUCCAGAGUUUUUUGAUGUGUCUAAAUAUUUAUCGUUAGAUUACCGUUGAGGAGAAACGAGUUAUGUGCAACGAUACUAAAAUACUACAGCUGGAUUGCCUUUUUUUUGUGUUUGCAUGGCUGUAAAUCCUCCUCCACCUGUGAAAGAAACAAUUUGAUCUCUUGGACCGUUUUCAUUGUUGUUUGGGCAUUUGUACAAAAAUACUAAAAUUGUUGAGCAAAACUAACUAUCAAGCACGCAUAUUUGCUCAAUCAAGUGACAUGCAUAUGUGUUGACAAGUAUUUUAACCCAAACAAA